AAGUAGCAUUGUUCUUACACCAAGCUCCUCAAAACGUGGAACCCUAACCCUCUUUUCUUUUCCUUUGCAAGAGAGACAAAUCUACUCUCUCUCCUACUAUCUUGAAGAUUCUUUCCCCUUCCAUCAAGCUACAUUUGUUUCCAUCCCUUCUUUCUUUCGGGUCAAACUAGAUUACUACUACUAUGGAAAACACAUCAAUCCUCAUGCCCCUCCCCUAGAAAGCUACUGGUAAAACCUUGUAUGGAAACAACCCAUCUACAAGCACAAGCACCCUCUCAAAACCCUAAUUCCCGAAUCUCAAACCCUAAUUCCCAAAUCUCAAACCCCUCACACCCAUGGCCUCCGACGCCACUCCCAAAUUCCGAAACCCCGACCUCCUACCGAUCCCACAGCCUCCCGAUUUCCACCCCGAAAUCACCGUAUCGCCCUCCCACGACGGCCUCCACUUCUGGCAGUUCAUGGUCGCCGGCUCCAUCGCCGGCACCGUCGAACACGUUGCCAUGUUCCCCGUCGACACCAUCAAGACCCACAUGCAAGCUCUAGGCGCCUGCCCCAUCAAGUCCGUGGGCCUCCGCCAGGCCCUCACCUCCAUCCUUAAAACCGAAGGCCCGUCGGGCCUCUACCGCGGCAUCUCCGCCAUGGGCCUCGGCGCCGGCCCGGCCCACGCCGUCUACUUCUCCGUAUACGAGGUCUGCAAGAAGUCGUUUUCCAAGGGGAACCCUAACAACCCCGCGGCCCACGCGGCCGCGGGGGUGUUCGCCACGGUGGCGAGCGACGCCGUGUUCACGCCGAUGGACGUGGUGAAGCAGAGGCUGCAGCUGGGGAGCGGGCCGUACAAGGGGCUGGCGGAUUGCGUCAGGAGAGUGGUGAGGGAAGAAGGGGUUGGGGCUUUUUACGCUUCUUAUAGGACCACGGUAUUGAUGAACGCGCCGUUUACCGCGGUCCAUUUUGCGACGUACGAGGCGGUGAAGAGAGGGUUGAUGGAGGUUUCGCCGGACAGCGUGAGCGACGAGCGGUUGGUGGUUCAUGCCACGGCCGGGGCUGCGGCCGGGGCGUUGGCAGCGGCUGUCACGACGCCGCUUGAUGUGGUGAAGACUCAGCUUCAAUGUCAGGGUGUUUGUGGAUGUGACAGAUUUGUAAAUGGUUCGAUUAAGGAUGUUUUUCGAACUAUUGUUGAAAAAGAUGGAUACAGAGGGCUAAUGAGGGGAUGGAUGCCAAGGAUGCUCUUCCAUGCUCCUGCAGCUGCAAUUUGCUGGUCUACCUACGAGGCUUCAAAAACCUUCUUCCAGGAACUAAACGAUAGUAGCCACAAUGAGAAUGUCACCUGAAUGAUUACGAAGAAUUCUGGAUUUUUAUUUUUGCCUUACAGUUUUAGGGUCACUCUCUAUUGCUGACAAAGAGAAGUUCUUAUAGCCUUAUAGUCCAGAAACCGAGGACUUGGCAGAUGAACAACUCUUUCAGGCUCGACCCCAGUUUGUGUAACUGGUGUCAGCAGACAAAUUUGUGGUCGGAUCGAGUAUUUAUUGUUUGUAUUGUAGAGGUUGUUAUCACUUGGAAUAAGUUCAAGGUAUUUUUAUACCUUUGCGAGGAACCAUUGUUUCAGGAGAUCCUUGGGCAGAACCCCAUAUUUUGAGUUAUACGAUGAGGUAGGGUUUUCUCUGUCGAAUAAUCUUCUUUUUUUUCCCAAGUGACGACUAUACAUGUACUUAAUGAGUUCUUAUUGGGGUUUCUUCGUUAAAUUUAUUGUCUUCUACGA